AGUCUCGCGCUCGUGAUUGGUAUCUUCAUGAUAUGAGCACGGGUCUUCUCCACUAAUAAUCCACAGGUGUUAUCUGUUAGGUCAGUUAGCGGCAAGAUUUGACCACCCCAGUUUGUAGCAAACGUUACCUCAAAGAUGUUCCGCUUUUUCAAUAUUCUGCCAGCCCCUCUGCAGAUGUGCGUGAGAUCAAUUUGCAUUCACCCCGUACCCGACGUUACUGAGGAUGAGAAAAGGGCGAAAAUUCAAAGCUCUAAUAUAGAACGAGAUUUGUUUGAACAAGCCAAGCUUGAGGUGAACGUGAUCAAAAUAUUGCUACUUGGUGCUACAGAGAGUGGUAAGAGUACCAUGGUCAAGCAGAUGAAGAUCAUCCACAGUCAUGGCUUCUCCAAGCCAGAGCUUAUUAGCUUUAAGGCUGCAGUGUUGGAUAACCUCCUGACCUCCAUGAAGUUUGUGCUGCGCGGCAUGGGACUGCUGAGGAUUAAUCUGGCCAACAAGAAGAACAAGGCCCAUGCCCGCUCUGUUCUGUCCUGUGGCCAGUGUUUCGGGGAGGAUGGGGAGCUGCUGCCGUUUGUGGCCCUGUCUUUCUGUGCUCUCUGGGCCGACCAGGGUGUGAAAGCUGCAGCUGCCAGGGGCUACGAGUUCCAACUCAACGACUCAGCGCUCUAUUUCUUUGAGAACAUAAGUCGGAUCAUCUCUCCCAGAUACAUUCCCACUGAGACGGACGUCCUGCGGGUGAGAGUGCGAACCUCCGGAAUCAUCGAGACUCAGUUUCCAGUCAAUCACAUGGUUUUCAGGAUGUAUGAUGUGGGCGGCCAGCGGACCAAGAGGAGGAAGUGGCUCAGCUACUUUGACUGUGUCCGGGCCGUGCUGUUUGUUGUGGCGCUCAGUGACUACGACAUGACCCUGACGGAGGACCGCUCUAUGAAUCGGCUACAAGAGAGCCUUGAACUCUUUACCUCGAUCUGCACCAACAUAGUUUUCAGAAGUACCUCAUUGAUUCUGUUAAUGAACAAAAGUGACCUCUUCCAGGAGAAGAUCUUAAACUCAGGAAGGCAUUUGCGACUCUACUUCCCUGGUUACAAAGGUAGCCUUCCACAAGCUUCCCAUAAUAAGUUGGGUGAAUUUUGGCCCAUUCCUCCUGACAGAGCUGGUGUAACUGAGUCAGGAGCCGACUGGGAUGUGGAUGCUGCCUCGCGUCACAUCACUGCCAUGUUUGUGGCAUGCAACAGGACCCCCAACAACCUUGUCUUCCACCACUACACCACCGCCACGGACACUCACAACGUACGGGUGGUCUUCCACGUCGUCAUGGACACCAUCGUCAAGGAGAACUUGGAGGCGGUCUCGUUGCUAUAAGACUUUCUAGAUUGAUUUUAUUGGUGGAUAUUUUUUAAAAUAUAAUUUAACAGGUAAUAUUUACUAAUAUGGAUGGACAUUCCUCAUUUGGAAUUUUUUUCCAAAAUCAUGUUGGUGUUGACAUGUGUUUUUAAUUCAAUAAAAUAAUGUACAGGC